AUGCAGUCGUAUCUAGUCAAGUCUCAGUUGCAGGGAAAUGACGGUGGGGUCAUGUUCUGGAGUUGUAUAACAGCGGAGGGGCCUGGUUAUGGUACUAUCAUUAUUGAAGACGCAAUAAACUCGGGCUUGUAUGUCGAUAUUUUGAAGACACCAUUGAACGACACUCUUGAGCACUUUGGGAAGACACCAUCUGAUGUGCGAUUUCAACAAGACAGAGCAACACUGCAUACCUCGGGCAUUACUAAACAAUGGUUCACCGACAAUGGGUUUAACCUAGACAAAAAUAUGAAUUGUCCAACCCAAAGUCCCGAUCUUAGUCCCAUUGAACAUGUAUGGCAUCUCCUAAAGCUUCGUCUUAAUAAGUAUCCCACUAGGCCCUCUACAAAAGAAGAAUUAGAGCGGCGUAUUAACAUUCAGUGGUACAAAAUAACAGAAAAAGAGUGCCAGAAAUAUAUUGAUAGUAUGCCUGCCCGAAUCAAGGCUGUCAUCAAGAGCAAAGGUGGUUCAACUCACUAUUAA